AUGUCGACGAGUGACCCGUCAAUUUGGGUCUCUGAUGCCUACCUAGCAAUCGUAUCUCGUAUCUCGUAUUCUACAGCACAACGGGAUUGUCGACAGCGAUACACAUGGCAAGAUUAUUGUUAUUCAGACUCUGGCACGCUUCUCGCCAUUCUUCAAUCGGACCUGUCGGAUGGUUGCGGACGCCGACUGGACAGAUGCCAUCAGAUCACGAGGCCCCUUGCCUGGACAGCCAGCCCGUCUCUUCGCUCGCUUGUGGGUGGCCGUCGGCUGCGUGCUGGAUGGUCCACACAGUCCCAUGCCUGGCAGGGAUGCUUGAAGGAUCCGCACUGGUGCUAUUGCCAGAACGGACACCACGGCGGUGCGAGUGCAGUUACAUUGGCCAGGACAACGGUGAACUGUAUCCAGUCUGACAGGUCGCUGCUGUCGCGUCGGACCCUGGUUGGUGCCGGGCCACCGCCAGGCGUUACCGGCCGCCCGCUGUUACGCGGUACCGUUCUGCCAGUGCCUGGCCUCGUGGUUGGCUUCUCCACCCCACUCGCCGGCCGCCGUACGAUACCGUACGAUAAAAAUAGCGGGCCGAGAAACAAAGCCGCCAGCUCGCUUCCAGCGCUGGCCUUCUCGACCACCCACCUGCGCCUUCCUGUUCCCCUGGCGGGUCCGCGCCUUCCUGCCCGCUCUGGCCUGACUAAGAUCCCUGGGCCAGCCUGCUCGCCGUCCUCGCCGGAUCGCUCCUGCCCGUUCGAUCUGCACUACUCCCCGAAUUCCUGCUUCCCAAUUCUCCAACCGAAUGCUUCUUUAACCCCUCUGCCGCCAACCCGCCGCUUGGGCCGCCGUCCUUCUUUCCCAGACCUCGUGGCCAGAUCUGGCCUCUUUAACCCAGUAAUUGCGGUCGCUGCGUGUUGGAAGAAUGCUGUCAUGGCGCCUCCGCAGAAGCCGGAGACGUUCAUGCUUUCCAGCGAGGCUAUGAAGAGUCUCCCACAGGACGCCCAGGUCGCACUUCAGCAGGUUGACAACCUCAAAUAUUUCCUGAUCUCCGCACCCGUCGACUGGAAUCCGGAUCAGUGUAUCAGGCGCUUCUUGCUUCCAACGGGUGACUAUAUCUCUUGCGUCCUUUGGAACAAUCUUUUCCACAUUUCGGGCACCGACAUCGUUCGAUGUUUAUCCUUCCGAUUCCAGGCCUUCGGCCGCCCAGUCAAGAAUACCAAGAAAUUCGAGGAGGGUAUCUUCUCUGACCUACGGAAUCUGAAGGCCGGUACCGAUGCAUCGCUGGAAGAGCCCAAGAGCCCCUUCCUCGACUUCUUGUACAAGAACAACUGUAUCCGCACGCAGAAGAAGCAGAAGGUCUUCUACUGGUACAGUGUACCGCACGACCGACUGUUCCUCGACGCGCUGGAGCGCGACUUGAAGAGAGAAAAGAUGGGUCAGGAGGCGACCACCGUCGCGGUUGCUGAACCGGCUCUGUCCUUCGAGUUCGACCCGUCCCAGUCGCUUUACGAGCAGCUUACGAAGGCACAGCAAGCAAACUCUUCAUCUUUUUCUUUACACGCAAGUACGACAUUUGGCCCAUCCACCUCUCCAGUGGUUCGGACCGUUGACGCUAUGCCUCCUCCCCAGAUGGCGCCGUCAGUGUCGAUCUUUCCCGAGGACACUGGGAGUUCGGCCAUGUACAAUCCAGUCAACGUGCCGGUGAAGCGCGAGAACGACUUUGGUCAGAUGUCCUAUGACCGCAACGGAAUGCAGGUCGCUCGCAUCCACCAGCGUCAUACUUCGAUGCCGGCCUACAUGGAAUACUCACCCGCUCCCUCCUUUGUCUCGUCGCAGUAUGAAGACUACAGCAACCGGGGUCUCUCUUACGAGCCGAUCACCCCGCCGCAGCAAACGGUGCCUCUGGGUCCCGAGCCCGCAUAUAUCGCGAAUGAGGAUACUGGACUUUACACGGCCAUUCCUGACGUGGGUUCGAAUACCUUCAACCAGAUGGUGCAGCUGCCGCCUUCGAAUUUCUCCGGGACUCAUUUUACCGGGGCUAGUCGUCAUUUCCCCGGAAAUGUGUAUUCCGUGAUCGAGGGCUCACCUACCUACAAGCAGCGGCGGCGACGGUCAUCCAUUCCACCAAGUAUCACCAACGCCAUCGCCGCGGCCCAGUCAUCGGGCGCCCAGAGCCAGCAAACGACAUACGCCGCCCACAAGCCAAGUGACCUCCGGCGUUCCAUCUCAAACUCCGUGGCUCCGGUCACCGAGGCGGACGAAUCGAGUCUCACAUCAUCUGCGGAGACUAUGGCCAAUGGCUACUCGUCCACUGUCACAUCCCAGAAGGACCUGCUGCAUGACAGCUCACGAAACGGGACCCCGCUGCCCAGUCUGGAAGAAGGUGUCGAGCAGACCUUGCCGCUCACCAACAAUCACGAUGAUUUCUCGAAUCAUGAAUCUGUCGAAGCGUCGAUCCCACCUAGCGCUCUCACUCGGACGGACCGUCCGGGUCCCGUGCGCCGUGCCCGGAGCGCCACCAUGAUGGAACUGGGCCCCUACCCGCAGAAGUCUCAUUCUUGCCCUAUCCCAUCAUGUGGCCGUCUCUUCAAAAGACUAGAGCAUUUGAAACGGCACGUGAGGACCCAUACCCAGGAACGACCAUACCAGUGCCCGUACUGCAACAAAGCCUUCUCGCGGUCCGAUAACCUGGCACAACACCGUCGCACCCAUGAGUCGCAGCAAGACGGCCAGCAGCAGCAGCAACAACCUCUCAGCGAUGAGGACGUGGAGAACGUGGAGAACGUAGAGAACGUGGAAAACGAGGAAAACGAAUUUGGUUCUCUCGAGGGUGAAUCGCCCGCCUCGGACUCGAAUAACUUCUCCACUUCCAAUGAUGUGAGCAUGGCGACGGUCACAUCGAUGCCUUCCACCCUCACCAUGCCGACCUCCAUGCCGACGAUGGUCUCCCCCCAGAUGAUCACCCCUCAAUUUUUGCAGCAGCAGAUCUGA